ACAGCCAUCCAUCAUGGCGGAAGUCGAUCGAAAUUUCUGCUGGUUGCCAGGAACGACAGGACACAGUUCGUUAGUUCGCGGACAACGGGGCGGUAUUUAUCUGUUAUAAGGCUCGGGAAUACCUCGAGAAUAAUUUCAGACGGUUCCGACGUUUCCUUUCGUGAUUUUAGGGACCAAACGAAGCCGUGUUUCCACCCGGAGCCGAACCGUGACGUUGAAAUGUUUUGAAAUUUGAUGUUCUUUGAUGCCCCGACUCGAUUGACCGACUGGACGUCAACCAUACUAUAGAGGCUACAUGAUGGAUUUGUCAGUACUGGUCAUCAGGAUGGACCGGAGUGAAUAGCGCUGUGAUCGAACAUUCGCGUAGUGAAGACAUUCUGUCUGAAUCCAACAUGUUCAAGAACGAAUAUCAGGGAGGGCCGUUCUUUGAAAUCUUCAGUGCCCAGGGAAAGGACCCUGUGUCCAAGUGGAAGCUGACAGGAGGCACGUCAUCCAUACAGAAGGUGUUUGACAAGGAUGUGAAGAGUUACGUGUAUAACCUGGAGGGGGGAAGUACCACCACCAAGAUGCAGAUACCCAAGGAUGCCAAACAGUCAUUGUUUCUUGUGCAGAGAUACCUGGUCUUCCAGAUCUACAUCCCCCUGGGACAGGACUUCUCCAUUGAACUGGGGAUCACAGAUUUAGCAAACAACAAGAGAAGAAUCUUACUGUCCACAUGUCAGAGGGAAAUAGCUGCCACCCCUCUACAUGCCAAGAUACCGCUCACCAUUCUCAGGAAAAAAGUGUGGCUGCACCUUGUGCUGGACCUGUUAUCCCUGGUAGGUGAGAAUUUCCGUGGACAGACGUACCGUGCGCUGGAGAGUCUGACUCUGUCGGCAAACUGUCGCAUCAGGAAAGUCUUCACCAUGAAGGCACAGCCUCCAGACACCACGGAUGAUGAUGAGCUGUACUCCUGUGACCCAGUGAAUGAUGUGGAGAUAGACACCAUCCCCAGGGCACUACAGCUCAGCAGGGAGGUCCAACAGUGCACACAGGUUUUAACUAUGACAAAGAUCAGACAGGCAGAGUGGAAAAUACGGGGAGACUCCUCCAGACCUACAUCAUGUACAGAAACAUCAGAUCGUCUGAAUGCCAGUAGGAGAGUAUCAGAUGACAGACCCACACAUAUAGCCUUCGGCAGCAGGGUCGCCAUCCCCUCAACAGCACAGAGUAGGAAAGGGUCAGCAGGGCCCAGAGAGGGUAGUGGCAGUGCUUCCAGUAGGUCCAACAGGUCAUCACAUUCCAGGACAAAAGUGGAAGACCCUCCCCCCACCUCUGGUCCCUCCAGUCGUGACACGGGGCCCAGAGUGGACAAACUGGUGAUCCACCACAGGAGGGAGUGGUCAGACCCAGGCAGUGCUGUGGAGGACCUCAACACUUCUGUCAAUAAAAAAGGGUCGUUAAAAGGCAGCAACACUUGGGGUGCAGAGGACAUGAGAGAAGAGAGGGAAGAGAGGAAUGGACAGAAGGAGAAGCCGGAGAUGUUGAGACCACAUCCCCCGCCCAGAGAGAACUCCAGCGACAACCUGAAGAGGAGACAGAUCAGGAUCAGGAACACCAGCGGGGGACAGUACACACGCUCACACAGCACACGAGAUCCUCCUCCCAUGGAGACAGAUGAUGCACAGCCUCCAAAGGAAGACCCAGAUGAGAGCCAACCACAGGCUGAUGUGCAUGAGGAGGAGAUGAGAGAGUCUAUAGGGGAUGUGGAUGGGGAUGCUGACAGUGAGAGAGAUGACCAUGAGGAUGAACAGUACAGUCCUGAUGAGAAGGACAAGAUGUUCACCUUCUCCUCACGACCACACUUUGCCUCCUGGAAGGCAGGCUCAGACAGUCUGGACCCCUCCGACAAUAAGAGUCGCAUCAUCCAGAUACGGGAGAGACAUGAGUUGAGAAGAAGCCAGUGGAAGGCAUCGGACCGCUCGGCCAGACUGGCUCACCCUGAAGACGACUUCUACGCCAGCUCCAGUAGCGAGGAGGAGCCUGUCUUAGACAUGCACCAGAAGAUCCUGAGGAGCCCCAGCCCCCGCACGGGCCACACACCGGCCCAGAGCCCACACUCCUCCCACAGCUCUCAGCAGCUCAGGCAGCAGCAACAGACCAGGAGCACUCUCACAAGCCAGGACCACGAGGAGAACGACACACCAAGCUCAGGGAACACGUUAAGUCCAAACGGCUUCCUCCCGACACCGCUGCCUAGUGUGGAGAUGUCUCCAACCUUCAGCAAGACGGUGUCACAGAGGGUCGGGUCCAGGAGUAGGAACUCCAGCCAGUCUCGACUCAGCGUCAAAGUGUCCAAGCUGAAAGAACUGACGAAGGAAGAUGUGGAAACAAGAUUGUCUACAACCCAGGAGUACGACUGGAGGAACUACCAGUCCCCAAACGCGUCCCUGGGCGAGUCGUUUGAGGCGGCCAUGUUGGCGAGUCUGAAGCGUCAGCAGGAGGAGGAGAUGUAUGAGGACAGCCACACCAGCGGCACCGGCAGCCAUGACACCAGCUUCGAACGACUUAACUACGACAACGCCGGGCUGAGCUCCAGCGACGAUGAUGCCAGCAUCAGUACAUGGAGAGCUCCUGUCCCUGCCAUGUUAGCUAACCACUACCAGGAUGAGAUGCGCCUCCCUUCCUCCAGGAAAGACCCACUGAUGCAGUCCAACCCAAGGGACUGGACCAUGGUGUUCAGCCCUCCCAUCGUGCUGCCCAGUGAGCACAAACCACUGGAACACAAGGACCUGUCACCAAGGAAACAGUCAGGAACCAACCAAGACAUCUCACCUGGCAGUGGUCCCAGCUCCCUGGUCAGCGCCGAGUCAGAACAGCAGCUGGAGGAGGAGCUGGACCUGCUGUACGACCCCUGUCUCAACUGUUACUUCGACCCCAAGAGCUGCAAGUACUACGAGCUGGCAUGAUGGCAGGACAAGCUGCUAUCAUAGUGACUCUGCUGUAGUCAUGGCUGUCUACAACAUUCAGUUCUAACCUGCCUUGAUGCAGAAGCCUAAACAGCAAUGGCGAAACACUGAUGAUGAUGAUGACACAGUCAAACCUGUCUAUUGUCAACCACUCAAAGGCCUUCAGGGGGUUACAGUAGACGGGUGACCACUGUAGAUAGGAUUACUUGGGUCAAUGUCAAAACUAUCUGAGGGACCACCAUAAAGUAGUCACAAUGACUAGGUGGUUCUUAUGGUCACCAGUACAGGUGUGACUCUAUUUUAGCUAGUAUUUGUAAGAUAUUCCUGCAUCCAGUGUCAUUUCAAGUUUGAAGUGGCCAGUGUAACCUAGAGUUGUGUACAGAGGUGAUAGUUGGCAGUGAUGAUUGCCAGGUUUGGUGGUCCUGACUGCCCAGGUUGAGGCCCUGUACUCACUCAGCCUUGUUAAUGACCCACCGAGGGAAGGCCCUACUCAAGGUUAAUACACACAGAUCAGACAGGGGAGAUCCCGGGUCUGUCUGGGUGGUUCUUGUCUGUUCAGUGUCACAGAGAGUCAUACCCUGGUACCUGAUGUACUUUACAUACAUGUUGUAACUUCUCCCCAAGUUUGAAUGAAUACAAAAUAGUUAGUGCUAUUUUUGUUACUUUUGGUAUUGGGUUUUUUUGGCUUCACCCAAUUCUAAUGAUUUUAUGCUUCUGUUGCUUCCAUAUAAUUCAUCAACUUGCCAGAAAGCCAUGUUAUAUUCUACAUGUAUGUGAUGAUCCUGUACAUGAUGUAACAAACUAUGAUAUCAUAGGAACCCAAAAAAUAUAAGAAAGGAUCAAUUUAUAACAAGAUUGUAAUUAAGCAAUAGGAAACAUUGUUAAGUGUUGGUAUGAUCUAUUUUUGUGUGAGUUUUUAUGUUGGGAUCUAUGGUAGAUACAUGUGGCUAAUGUAAAAUUUUACUAGUACCACAGAACUACUAGUUAUCAUCCUUUUCUGUGACUAUGACAUUAAGUCUGUGUCAUUUGAGUUCACUAUUUAUUCUAGGUAAAGACCUUGCCAUGUUAGGAAGUUGCACCUCCAUGUAUUGCCAAUACAUGAAUGCACCAUGUGUAAUUAAGAUACCGUAUAUUGUUAA